CUGCAGCCCCCUCCUCCCCUUCCCUUCCUCUCCCUCUUUUCAGGCAGUGUAAGGAGCAGUCUCCAGCGCAGAUGCUGGGAGCUCUCUCUCUCCCUCUCACCGACCACAGAGCUCUCCCUGCACUCCGCACUGAUUCCUUCUCACCGGCCACCCGGAGAGCAUGAAGACCCCGGGACAUAGGGACCUGCCCACCUAGAUGGGACCCCCCUGCAUGGAUUAUACUGACCUCCGCUGCUGCCCGUGUUGGUGAUUUCUGUCCCGGACACCCUUCUUCCAUUGCAGCCGCUGCCCCUGGUCAUCUCUCCCUCCCUCCCCUCCCCAACCCCUUCAACUUGCCAUAGGAUCCCGAUGGCCUCCGACCCCCCCAGCACAGAUUUACCCCCCGGCUACAAAACCUCCCACCCGGCUCCCAGCUCGGACCUGCUGCGGAGACCCAGCUACUGUCACGCCGCCUUUGCACUGAAGCAGAUCGCUAAGGGUAAAGCUGUGGGCCAGAAGGCCCCUCUCUGGCUGCGGGCUCAGUUCCAGGCACUUCUGUUUUCCCUGGGCUGCUCCAUCCAGAGACACUGCGGAAAAGUCCUGUUUGUUGGACUCUUGGUGUUUGGAGCGAUGGCCGUGGGAUUGCGCGUGGCCUCCAUUGAGACGGACAUUGAAAGGCUCUGGGUGGAAGCGGGAAGCAGAGUCAGCCAGGAGCUUCGCUAUACCAAGGACAAGUUGGGAGAGGAAUCCAUCUACACGUCACAAAUGCUCAUCCAAACCCCUAAGAAAGAGGGCGAGAACAUACUGACGCAGGAGGAUAUGCUACUACACCUGACCGCGGCUUUGGCCGCUAGCAAAGUGCAGGUGUCAAUGUAUGGAAAGUCGUGGGAUCUGAACAAGAUUUGCUACAAGUCCGGAGUUCCGAUUAUUGAGAAUGGGAUGAUUGAGCGGAUGAUCGAGAAGCUGUUCCCGUGUGUGAUUAUCACCCCCUUGGACUGUUUCUGGGAAGGAUCGCAACUUCAGGGAGGCUCCGCCUAUUUACCGGGGAGGAGAGACAUCCAGUGGACAAACUUGGAUCCCCUCCAGUUAAUGGAAGAGCUCGGCCAGUUCACUAGCCUGGAUGGGUUUAAGGAGAUGUUGGACAAGGCAGAAGUGGGGCAAGCUUACAUGGAACGACCUUGUCUUGACCCCACUGAUUCCGAGUGCCCAGAAAGUGCCCCAAACAAGAAAUCACAGAAGACCCCAGACAUUGUCUCCACGCUCCGAGAAGGCUGCUAUGGGUUCUCUAAGAAGUUUAUGUACUGGCAGAAGGAGCUGAUUCUGGGAGGGAUGACGAAAGGUCUAGAGGGAGAGCUGAAGAGCGCUGAGGCUCUGCAAACCAUGUACCUCUUGAUGAGUCCCGGGCAGCUCUAUGAACAUUUCAAAGAUGAUUAUGAGAUUCACGACAUCAACUGGAAUGAGGAGAAGGCUGCCGCCAUCUUGGAGUCAUGGCAGAGAAAGUUUGUGGAGCAAGCGCAGCAGUCAAUCUUCCAAAACGCAUCCCAGGACAUCCACGCCUUCUCCACCACCACCCUCAAUGACAUUAUGAAGUCAUUCUCUGACGUCAGCGCCAUCCGGGUAGCUGGAGGAUACUUGCUCAUGUUGGCCUACGCUUGUGUCACCAUGCUGCGAUGGGACUGCUCCAAGUCUCAGGGGGCAGUGGGCUUGGCAGGUGUUCUGCUUGUGGCUCUCUCUGUGGCAUCAGGAUUAGGACUCUGCUCCCUUCUUGGACUCUCCUUCAAUGCUGCUACAACCCAGGUGCUGCCAUUCCUUGCUCUGGGUAUCGGCGUGGACGACAUGUUCCUUCUGGCACAUGCCUUCACCGAGACCAGCCUGAGUACCCCUUUAAAGGAAAGAACAGGUGAAUGCCUGCGACGUACCGGUACCAGCGUGGCACUGACGUCCAUCAAUAACAUGAUUGCCUUUUUCAUGGCGGCCUUGGUGCCAAUCCCAGCCCUGCGGGCGUUCUCUCUGCAGGCCGCUGUAGUUGUCGUGUUCAAUUUUGCAAUGGUGCUGUUAAUAUUUCCAGCCAUCUUGAGCCUGGACCUCCAGCGUCGAGAGGAUCAGAGACUAGACAUCCUUUGCUGCUUCUACAGCCCGUGUUCCUCCAGAGUGAUCCAGAUUCAACCACAGGAAAUGCCUGAUGCCAACGACAAUCACACGUACCACCCCUCACCCUAUGGGAACCCCACAAUUACCACCAGCACCCAGAUCACCACUACUGUGCAAGCCUUCACGCAGUGUGACCCAUCUGGACAUCACAUUGUGACUAUCCUGCCUCCCACCUCCCAGAUCUCCACCUCUCCGUCUGUCAUUGUCCCCACCGUGGACCCCCUGGGGUCGCAGGUUUUCACCCCCUCCACCUCCACCCGGGAUUUGCUGGCUCAGAUGGAUGAGAGCAAAGUAGGGAGAGAGUGUGUUCCGCUCCCCUUCCUAAAGUGGAGCCUUUCUGACUUUGCCAGGGAGAAGUACGCCCCCCUGCUGCUCAAGCCAGAAACCAAGGGAAUUGUGGUGGCUCUUUUCAUGGCUCUCUUGGGCCUUGGCCUGUACGGGACCACCAUGGUCCAUGAUGGACUUUACCUGACCGAUAUUGUUCCUCGCGAGACCAAGGAAUAUAACUUUAUCGCCGCUCAGUUCAAGUAUUUCUCCUUCUACAACAUGUUCAUUGUCACCAAGGGUGGGUUUGAUUACCCCAAAUCCCAGGCGUCCCUAUACGAUCUCCAUGAGUCUUUCAGCUCCGUGAAGUACGUUGUACGUGAAGAGGGAAGAGAGCUACCGAAGAUGUGGCUGCACUAUUUCCAGGAUUGGCUGAGAGGUCUCCAGUUGGCAUUCGAUAGGGAUUGGGAGUCUGGCAGCAUCACGCAGGAUAAUUACCGUAAUGGAACUGAGGAUGGGGUGCUGGCGUACAAGCUCCUCAUCCAGACCGGAAACAAGAAGGAUCCUUUUAAUCUUAAUCAUCUGAUUAGUCGACGACUGGUGGAUGAGAAUGGCCUUAUCCCUCAAGACGCGUUCUACAUCUACCUUACUGUCUGGGUCAGCAACGAUCCCCUGGGCUACGCCGCCUCUCAAGCCAAUUUCUACCCUCAGCCGCCUGAGUGGAUCCAUGACCGAUAUGACACCACGGGGGAAAACCUGAGAAUACCGGCCGCAGAGCCCAUUGAGUUUGCCCAGUUUCCAUUCUACCUGAAUGGCCUGCGUCAGACGUCUGAUUUCAUAGAAGCCAUAGAGAGCGUUCGCUCGGUGUGCGAAGAGUUCAUCAAGCAAGGAGUGUACAGCUACCCCAGCGGUUACCCCUUCCUCUUCUGGGAGCAGUACAUCGGCCUGCGACACUGGUUCCUCCUGGCGAUUAGCAUAGUGCUGGCAUGUACAUUCUUGGUGUGCGCCAUUCUCCUGCUUAAUCCAUGGACAGCCGGCAUCAUUGUUUUCAUCUUGGCCAUGAUGACUGUGGAGCUGUUUGGCAUUAUGGGUUUGAUCGGCAUUAAGCUCAGCGCCAUCCCUGUGGUUAUACUCAUCGCAUCUGUUGGCAUUGGCGUGGAGUUUACGGUCCAUGUGGCUUUGGGAUUUCUCACCGCCAUCGGCGACCGGAACCAACGCUCCGUACUCGCUCUGGAACAUAUGUUUGCGCCAGUUUUAGACGGCGCCAUUUCCACGCUUCUUGGGGUACUUAUGCUGGCGGGAUCCGAAUUUGACUUUAUUUUAAGGUAUUUCUUCGCUGUGCUCACCAUUCUCACCAUCCUGGGGCUGCUCAAUGGCCUGGUCUUGCUUCCCGUAUUGCUCUCCUUGAUUGGACCCCCAGCCGAGGUCACUCCCGCAGACAAUGGUAACUGCCUCCCUGCCUCCACCCUGGAGUCUCUGCCCCCACAUCUUAGCCAUCACACCUUCUACAUGCAGCACAGUGCUGGGGGAAAAGGGGGCUUCAGCGACCCAGAGGACUCUUCGGAGUAUUACUCUGAGACCACCGCUACGUCGGGAAUAGAGGAAGAUGACCCCCAGCUCUAUGAGCGCAGCACCUACAUCAUUCCCCGAAAGCCAUCACACAUUCUGCUGGAGGCCAGCCAGAACCCUUCAUACCCCAAAAUCAUGCUGGUGAAGCCUUGUAAAGGGAGCCAGGAUGAACCUGUUAAAGACGGUCAGGACACCGGUAACACUGAAGCACCAUCUGUGCCGGAUUUAACCAGGAACACCUGCCAAGAUCUGAAAGACUUUCAGGAGCCUAGAGACUGGAGAAGGAGGCACCAGCCCCCUCCUACCACACAGAGGCAUGCACGGACUAAGCAGCCCCCCAAUUCUAGGACUCCGUACAGCAGCAGGCCUCCAGGCCAUAUGGCUGCACCUCCGGCCUACUGCACUAAGGUGACAUUGCCAAGUGGCUCCAUCACCACAGUGACUGCUACAGCCUCGGUGACUGUUGCCGUACAUCCCACCUUGCCGGGAGCAGUGUGCGGCUACAGCCACGAAGGUUAUGAGGACAGUGAGACAGACUGUAUGGAACACAGGACUGAAUGGUCCCGAAGUAAAAACAGGCCCCCUGAGGUGUAUGAGCUGGAAUAUCUUGCGCAUGACAGAAGACCAGAGGGACCCUCGGUAACGCACUAGGGGGAACUAAGAGAAUUGUCUCUUUUCUUCAACAAGCUGCAGCCGUGUACAGAAAACCUAACCCCAGGAUCCCCUAAAGGAAAACAUAAAGAACACUAAAUAUAAGAUUAAUAAGUAUUAGAGACUAUGUCCCUAUGAUAUAUUUUAAUAUGAAAAUCAAAGCAAACUGAAAAUGAUAUUUAAUAAGCUGAUAAUGUACUGUAGGGGGGGUCUCAACAAGACGCCGCGAUGGGAGAGACCCCCCCCCCCCCCCCCACCCCAAAUCCAACUCCUCUACUUUACCUACCAAUCAGGCUCACCAGUCUUGCUGCUAUCUGUUAUCCAUUGCUGGAGUGGUUGGAAAGAAAGUGAAGUGGAUCAUCAAGUCCCUGAGCCCGGUGCAGCGUUCUGGCGGUUGUGAGAAUUCGUGAAAUACAAUUAGAUGACAAAAAAGGCACUUUUCCCCCUUUCCCACCUGUUUUGUGAAUGGGGCGUAUUCAGAAGCUGAAUUUCGUUCCUCCGCUCAGAAUAGUGUAAAGGUUCAGUCUGGUUUUUCUCCUGCAGAUAAUUAUUUCAGUGCUGACAUUCCUGUUUCAGAUAGACAAUAUACAGUGAUAUAAAGUGCGCUGGGAAUGUGUCCGCAUACAAUCUGAUCAAGAACUGUAGUCCUCCUUCCUUUACUGUAUCCAGUGUGAUUACACCGUGGCCACUCGCAUCUUAUGUGUUGUGGAAUAUUGUAUGUCACUUAACAUUCUACACGACAUUUGGAAACGUUUUAGCGUAGCUGUCGCCUGUGGCCAUUUUGUAGGCAGGACCAAGUGUCGCCUCCCAUGAAUAUUGUUCCAGCCACAAAAUGGCUGCCUGCAAGAGAGCAGCUUCAGGAGGCUCUUAGAACUACAAAAUGAACCCCUACUAAAUGAAAGAAUGAAGAGGCUGACACAGGCACCCGUUUGGGCCCUACUGAUUAGGGUAAUCUGGGCCAAUCAGUGCCCACUGGAUUUAGCAGGUUGUCCAAUGAAUGGUCCAACUAUUGGCAUAAACUUAGCUCUGUAUAUCCUAAAUUCAAUAUCCCCCCCCCCUCCCCCCAAAAGAACUUGUAGCACUGUAAAUGAUCCAUUACAACCCAUCUAAUUUAUCCUCUUCACUGCCAAGAUGUCCACCAGCGCUGAAGUGGUUAAUGCCCACUUUGUACUAGCUGUGAAAACGUUAACCUUUUUAUAUCCCCCCUGUCCCUUUAGGACAUUGCUAUAUUUGUCCCUGUGUAGGGACCUUCAUAGUAUUCUUAUGGUUUUACUUAAUUAAUAUAAUAAUUAUUAUUAUUAUUAUUAACGUGUUGUAUAUAUUUCUUCUGUUGUUGUUGUGAAAUGGCAGCUUCUCUAACAAUGUUAAAUAUAUAAAUAUAUAUAUAUAUAUAUAAUAAUUAACCCCUGGGGUUGCCGCAAGGACCUGCGAGGGUUCUCCCCGAUGGCAGCUGUUGCGCAUCGCACAGCGGUUCCCUUGCGGCGAUUCAGUAAAGGGUCAGGCUACGUGUUUGUGUCUGUUUUGUGGACUGAAGCUUGGUACAAAGUGUCACUGUGCUAUAUAAAUUAUUUAUAUGAAAAGAAAAAAGUUUUAUUUUUGUAGAUUGUACAGGAGUUAGCCAUUCAACUGAAGUUUAUUUUUAAAGAGUAAAAUAUAUAUUAUAUAUAAUUAUAA